AUGGAGACAAGAGAACAAAACUCCAGUUUAAUCUCUGUAGAAAACACUGCAGAACUCAGACUGGAGACAAAUGGGAUUUUACAUACUUGCUCUGAGUGCGGUAGAACAUUCAAGAAGAGACAUCAUCUCACCAUACACAUAAGAAUCCACACAGGAGAGAAACCCUACAGCUGCUCUGUGUGCAGUAAAAAAUUCAGUCGUGUAGGAAAUCGUAAAAGACACCUGUUGGUUCACACAGGUGAGAAAAAGUUUGGCUGCCCUGAAUGUGAUCAAAAAUUUAACCUAAAAGGAACACUUAAAAGACACAUGUUGAUCCACACUCAAGAGAAACCCUAUAGCUGCCCUGUUUGCAGCAAACGAUUCAACCAGACAGCAAAUCGGAACAAACACAUGAGAUUUCACACAGGUGAGAAACCGUUCGGCAGAUAUGUCUCUCUGUCAAUCUUUAUUACUCUUUCAGUGUUGGACAUGAUUUUCCAGACUUCUUUGCACAGUCCUCUUAAAAACAUGAUGCACAUCUCCACAUACUGAGCUCAAAGAUUGCUAGUGGUCACUGAAGAUCGCAUUGGAGAUGUGCAAUAAGAAUUCUCUGAUGCACUGAUUAUGGCUUAACUCAAAAUCAGCAUUUGAUAUUGACAUCACGAUUAUCAAGAGUGAAUAUACAUGAUUUUAAAUCUGCAUUACACUCAUUUAUAACAUUGAAAAUCUCAGAAAAAAACAAACGAGAAACAUAGGUAGGGAAAAUGUUUACCUUCCCUUUUUGGUUUACUAAAGCAUGUCUGCCAGUAUGGAUGAUAGAAAUUUGUACUUCCACUGAUAGGGAGCACGCAUCUGUUCUAUACUUGAUUUAAAUUUAAUUUGGUGAUAACACACACCAAAUGUAAUGACAGAUUUCACCCAGUAAAGUAUUUUACCCUGUUGUUAAAAAUUUAAGGGUUUGCUCUUUUACCACUUACAAAUCAUUCAGUCUUUAAAAGCUUCUGUAUAAUGUCCAUAGACUGUAUAUGGAAAACCUGGUUCGGCCCUCUGCCAGUAAACGGAUUUAAAGCCAAAAAGCUUUUGGUAAUUCUGCGUUAUUUUUCUCCAUUUCCUGAAACCAACAAUGCGCAGUAGCGUAGUACACACUCCACCACUGAGCAGAAGCAUUGAGUGCAAUCCUUGUACGCCAAAAGGCAGUAUCAGGUGUUAAUCAUAGAAAACAUGAAUCCCCUAAUAACUUUUAAAAACGGAGCUGUACAGAACAAAGAGGACUUGAGCACAAACCAGUCUUACACUAAUUACAUAUCAACAUCACAGGCAGAGGGGGAAAAAAAAAUCUGUGUAAUAAAUUUCUAAAGUUUGUUCACAGCCCCAUAAGCUUUGCUGGCGGAGGCCAAUUUAUGACCUAUACUGCAGCCCGUCACUAGAGUGUGCUGUUCUCGGAGUGGCUUCACCCAGCAAGGAGGCAGACAACGUCCAUUCUAUAUUCAGUCCAUGAUAUCGUCCUUUGCAAGACUUUGGCUUGUAUCCUAUGAUGAUUCAGAAGGAUGUCCCUCACUUUAUAGGCUGGCAGCCAUUAGCUUGCUAGCACUUCCUUGCACUCACAGACACUUGUAAUUGCUACAGCCUCUCUCUCAUCAAGCUCACUCAGACACACAAAGAAACACACACCUGCCUCCUCCAUCUCCUUUCCUUGCUCUCCUCUCUCCAUCCGUUGCUGCCUGAUAGUUUGUAUCACUGUUUCACAGUGUUGAACAAAGAGUGGUAAACUCCCUCAGGCUCCCUAACUUUGUUUUGAAUUGAUCCAAGCUGCUUAUGAUGGUCUGCUGUUGAGGAAGAGGGGGGUGGGCUGGGCUUCAUUCACUGUACAGGACCUGGCAGGGGUAACUCAACAGGCAGAUAAAUAAUCAUUGAGUCUCAAUCAUCAUAUUUUUAUAGUUAAGAGGAGCCAAAUUUGUAGUCAUAAACUGAGUGUUAUUAAUUAACAUGAAUUCCCUUUUGCUCUUGAUGUGUUCUUCUAUAUUUCACUGUGUCCUGCAGACAUUCUGCUGCCGUUGGUCAAUAAAGACUUGGUUCCUGCCACACAGCAUGAGAGGAGCCCCAGUCUGGACCAUGAGGAUUCUGGGCCGUCAAACGUUAAGGAGGAACCAGAGGAACUGUGGUGCAGUCAGGAGGGAGGGCAAGGGCUCAGGGAGGCUGGUACAACAAAGUUCACUUGCAUUCCUACCUCUGUGAAGAGUGAAGAUGAUGAAGUAAACGCAGAGUCCUCACAGCUUCAUCAGAGACAAACUGAGCAAGUGCAAAUUAACGGAGGGGACUGCAAAGAGCCAGAGCAAGCAACACACUCAGAUCCAUGGGAACAUUUGCAACCAAAGACUGAGGACAAAAAUGUAGACUCUUCUGAUGCCGAGACUGAAGACAGUGAUGAUUGGAUGGAGACAAGAGAACAAAACUCCAGUUUAAUCUCUGUAGAAAACACUGCAGAACUCAGACUGGAGACAAAUAGAAUAUUACAUACUUGCUCUGAGUGCGGUAAAACAUUCAAGAAGAGACAUCAUCUCACCAUACACAUAAGAAUCCACACAGGAGAGAAACCCUACAGCUGCUCUGUGUGCAGUAAAAAAUUCAAUCAUGUAGGAAAUCGUAAAAGACACCUGAUGGUUCACACAGGUGAGAAAAAGUUUGGCUGCCCUGAAUGUGAUCAAAAAUUUAACCUAAAAGAAACACUUAAUAGACACAUGUUGAUCCACACUCAAGAGAAACCCUAUAGCUGCUCUGUUUGCAGCAAACGAUUCAACAAUAAAUCAAAUCUGAGGAAACACAUGAGAAUUCACACAGGUGAGAAACUGUUCUGCUGCCCUGAAUGUGGUAAAAGAAUUUACCUAAAGGGGCGUUUAAAUUCUCAUAUGUGUGUUCAUAAAAGAGAAAAACCCUUCAUCUGCUCUGAGUGUGGUAAAAGAUUCAAUCGAAAGGGAAAUCUAACUAAACACAUGAGGAUUCACACGAGAGUAGACAGCUGUGGGGGACCAGAACCAAACUUGGAUACAAAAGUACCUGUACAACCAGAGACUGAGGUCAAGACUGAAGACUCCCCUGACCCUGAGACUGAAGAUAAGGCUGGUGUGAAGGGAACAGAAGACUGUCAGUCAGGUUCAAACUCUCUGAGGAAUAAUAUUGUUGUCUUGAGUGCAGCAGCGCUAUACUCUUACAGUACAACCUUUUUUUACAUUAAGUUUAAUUAA